GUGGCAAUUUGUGGGCAGAACUGCGACAAAGUCAAAUAUAUCCUAUAAGCAGCGGCUUCUUGCACAGAAAAUGAGAGGAAAUCAGUAUUGAGUUAUUUGAAAGAGAUGAGAUUCUAAAAAGUUGUUAGGAAUAUGCUGGCAUCAUGAAAUUAUUGUGAUGAACAGACUUUAGUAAUACUUGAAUUGGGCUAAUGAGGAACACCGAUGUGAACAUUAUAAAGAAGGAAGACGGAGAGGUGAUGGAGGAGCCGCCACGAUAUUAGGCCAAAACAAAUGAACAUUAGGAUUUUAUAUGAGGGGAACAAGAACGUGGUUUAAUUUUUUAUGGAAUCUAAAUAACUUUCCACCAUGCAUAAAAGAUGGAUACGUCGGAGUUUGCCUGUAUUGGUUUUUACCUUCAUCAUCGUCCUCUACCUGGAUUUUCAAUUUCGCAGCCUUCCCAAACACAAUUUGGUUCACGAUCCAUCACCCGACGCGUUUCCGAUAUGCAGGCUGACGGCCAUGGACGCACAGAACCCGGCUUGCAACAGCAGCAGGAACAGAGGACACCCGGCCUCUGAAGAUGGACAUGUCACCCAGACCAAGCUGAAGUUGGAGGACAUCUUCGUUGCUGUGAAGACCACCGGGAGGUUCCACAAGACGCGCCUUGCGCUCCUUUUGGAGACGUGGAUCUCCAGAACCAAGGCGCACACAUUCAUUUUCACCGACACGGAGGAUGAGGAUUUACGUUCAGAUGGUCACAACAUAGUGGUAACAGGCUGCCAGUCUGAUCACACAGCAGCAGGCUCUGCCUGCAAGAUGUCUGCCGAGUAUGAUGGCUUCAUGGCCUCAGACAAGAG